AGAGGCUUCCGGGCAGAAACGGAAUCUUCCCGCAGUUGGUUCUGCUGGUGAGGAGUGGGCCUGGGAGUGGCCAGCGCGCAUCUCUCGAACACCGGUCAUCAGGAGAUGGUGACCUUCAGAGAUGUGGCGGUAGACUUCUCCCAGGAAGAAUGGGAUUGUCUGAAUUCUUCUCAAAGGCAUUUGUACAGCCAUGUGAUGUUGGAGAACUACAGGAUCCUGGUGUCUCUGGGGCUUUGCUUUGCCAAGCCAAGUAUGAUAUUCUUGUUGGAACAAGGAAAAGAGCCAUGGAUGGUGAAGACAGAACUGACAGGCAGUUUGUCCACAGAUUGGGAGUCUAUGUAUGUAACUGAAGGAUUAAUCCCAAAGCAGGAACUUUAUGAAGAACAGUCAUCCAGAAAGAUAAUUGAAGAACUUAGAAGUAUUGGCCUUGAUUGUCCCAGUUUGAUGGGAGAAUGGAGCUAUGAGCAUCGUUUUGAGAGACAAUCUGAGAAUCUAAAAGCAUAUUUCAAGGAAGAGACCACUGCUCUUGAAGCUCUGAUUGAUAACAGAUCCUGGGGAGGUUUCUAUCAGAACACACUGCUUCAUGCACGACAGACAACCCCCAGAGAGGAGAGUGCAUUUAAACAAGGCGCCCGCAAGAAAAGCUUGAAGAUUGUUAAGCCCAAAAGCAUCUACACAGAGAAGAAACUUCUGAAGUGCACCGAUUGUGAGAAAGUCUUCCGCCAGAGCUCCUCCCUCAGGCUCCAUCAGAGAAUCCACACUGGAGAGAAGCCCUACGCAUGCAUGGAGUGUGGGAAAGCCUUUAGCCAGAGGUCAAACCUUGUUCAGCAUCACAGGAUUCAUACCGGAGAGAAGCCUUACGAAUGUAAAGAAUGCAGGAAAGCGUUCAGCCAGAAUGCGCAUCUAGUUCAACACCUGCGAGUUCAUACUGGAGAAAAACCAUAUGCGUGUAAGGUAUGCAGGAAGGCCUUCAGCCAGUUUGCCUACCUUGCUCAGCAUCAGCGGGUUCAUACUGGAGAGAAACCCUAUGAAUGUAUCGAGUGUGGAAAAGCCUUUAGCAAUAGAUCGUCUAUUGCUCAACACCAGAGAGUUCACACCGGGGAGAAACCUUAUGAGUGCAGGGUGUGUGGGAAAGCCUUCAGCCUUCGUGCAUACCUUACUGUGCACCAGAGAAUACACACGGGGGAGAGACCCUAUGAAUGCAAGGAAUGUGGGAAAGCCUUCAGCCAAAAUUCCCACCUUGCUCAGCAUCAGAGAAUCCAUACAGGUGAAAAACCUUAUAAAUGCCAGGAAUGUAGGAAAGCCUUCAGCCAGAUCGCCUACCUUGCUCAACAUCAAAGAGUUCACACGGGGGAGAAACCUUAUGAAUGUAUUGAGUGUGGAAAGGCUUUUAGCAAUGACUCGUCCCGUACUCAGCACCAAAGAGUUCAUACUGGAGAGAAGCCUUAUGAAUGUAACGUUUGUGGGAAGGCUUUCAGUUACUGUGGUUCCCUUGCCCAGCAUCAGAGAAUCCAUACGGGAGAGAGACCCUAUGAGUGUAAGGAGUGUAAGAAAACCUUCAGGCAGCACGCACAUCUUGCUCAUCACCAGAGAGUUCACAUCGGGGAGUCACUCUUACCCCCCAAUCCAGGCAAUCACCAAGUCCUGUAAAUCCCAGCUCCAAAAUAUUUCUGAAAUUUGUGUUCUUUUUUGUCUUUAAUGCUGAUCACUGCUAUAUUGUUCUAAUGGGUUUUCCAGUAUCUAUUAUUACUAUCUUCAAGAGAUAUUCCAAUAAUGUACCCAAAAUGACUUUAUUUUGAAGUGGAAUCUUGUGGGGGGGGGUGGGGAAGCAGACCUUAGGCUCACUAAGUAGCCAAGGCUGGCCUCAAUUCAUUACCUUCCUGUCUCUGCCCCUCAAGUGCAAGUACUGGGAUUAUAGAAGAGUGGUACCAUACCCAGCAAUUUUUUUAAGGUAUAAAAAAAAUCUCCACCUAAAACUGUCCCUUCCUGCUAUUGUUUUUAGACCAAUCAGCACCCUUAAAAUUGUAUAUAAGACUCUUUAUUGUAUGAUCCAAACAUAUCAUUCAGUUUUAUUUUCCCCCUGCCUGCUUUAGACACUAGACUUUUCUCAACACUGUGAGCUUAGUUCUGGGAAACCAUAGCUCUGCCAUUACUGUGGCACUGUGUGACUUUGAACAACUCAUUUAAUUUGUCUAAACCCCAUGGUUUUAAUCUUAAAAUAGGGAUGUUAAAGGCUACUGUAUUGUGGAAAUGUAUUAAAUGAAAGUAUCUGUUGAAAAUUAAUCCAUACUGAGAUGAGAAAUUUACAUGCAGAGUACUUAACAUAGGACAUCAACUAUAGCAGAGCCUCAGUAAAUAGUAAUGCCUAACAUGUAUUAGGUGCAUGCUAGGCAACGGGCACUGUUCAAUACAGGUAGCAUACUUUAAUUCAUUUACUUCUCACAGCUGAAAUAAGAUUCACUGAACCUCUUUGGGAAGCACCCGA